AUGGAAGUUGAUAGAUAUUUUCCAAUGCAAGUAUUAUUAGAGAAAGAAGCAUGGGCCCUGUUCAAGAAGAAGGUGGGAAAUUUUGUUGACUCUCCUGAACUCCAUGAUAUAGCUGAUGCAGUUUGUAAAGAGUGUGGAGGCUUGCCGGUUGCUAUACUUGCAGUUGGAGCUGCAUUGAAAGAUAAGAAAAAAUAUGUCUGGGAAGAUGUACUUGAUCAAUUCAAAGAUUCCAUGCUCAAGAAUAUUGCGGGAAUCGAGCCAAAGGUGUAUGCUUCCUUAAAGUUAAGCUAUGAUCGGUUAGAAUCUAGUGAUGCCAAAUCGUGCUUCUUGCUGUGUUGUUUCUUUCCUGAAGAUGCUAAUAUUUCAAUUGAAGUGUUGGCGAGACACUGCAUAGCAAGAAGUUUGCUUGGACAAAACACAAAUACACUAAUAAGAGCAAGCCGUCGAGUACUUACAGUGGUCGAUAUCCUCAAAGAUGCUUGUUUGUUAUUAGAAGGUGAAGAUGAAAACUUUGUCAAAAUGCAUGAUGUCAUUCGAGAUGUUGCUCUUUCAAUUGCGAAAGAUGAUGGCAAGGAAAUUCUAGUAAAACAUGGUGACAAAAAAUGGCCCGAGAAAGAUACAUGCGAAUCUUCCUCAGCUAUGUCAUUAAGGUUCGACAACACUCUUGAGCUUCCGGAUGAUUUGGUAUGUCCACAACUCCACACCUUGACCAUACUAUUGAAAUGGAAUAUUAGUAAUCCUUUGCUUAAUGUUCCAGUUAGGUUUUUCAGUGGAAUGGAGAAACUUACAAUUUUAGAAUUGAAUAGAAUCUGUAUGUUGCCUCCAUUAUCUCUUGCAAAAUUGGUUAACCUUCGGAUGUUAAGUUUAAAUGAUUGUGAGUUGGGAGACACAGCUAUACUCAAGGAUCUAAAUAAUAACCUUGAAAUACUUAGCGUUCGAGGUUCUAAUAUCGAGGUUUUGCCAUCAGAGAUAGGACAAUUGACUCGUCUUCGGUUGUUAGAUGUGCGAAAUUGGGAAAAGCUCACAGAGAUUCCACAAGGUGUCAUAUCCAAUUUGUCUCGCCUGGAAGAAUUGUACAUUUUAGGUGAUUUGGGGCCACGGAAGCCCAUAAGAAGCAAAGUGAAUCUUGAUGAGUUGGGGAAAUUGACGCAAUUAACCACUUUAGAGAUUCACAUACCAAAUGUCAUGCUAUUGCCCAAGGACUUCUGCUUUGAAAACUUGAUCAGAUUUAAAAUAGUAAUGGGUAAGGAAUUUGAUUUUUGUGGAACUUAUGAUUCUUUUUUUAGAACUUAUUCAAAGUCGUGUAAACUUGCGGGUGUUUCCUUAAUGGACAAGUUAAUCGUUUUGUUGAUGAGAGCCGAACAACUACAUUUGCAAAAAAUUGAAGGUUUACAAGAGGUGCUGCAUGACAGAGGUGCCCCAUCAGGGUUCUUCAAUAAUUUAAUUGAAUUAACAGUUCGAGAUUGUAGGUUGAAAUAUCUCUUCUCCCUGUCCUGUGCAAGAGGAUUUCCACGACUCCAGAGACUACGAAUAUUUGAUUGUGAGAUGAUGGAAGCAAUAGUUGGAAUUGAAGAAGAAAAAGAUGAAGAUGAACUCUCAAGUCCGGUAAUUAAUUUCAGUCAGUUGAAAUAUUUGUGUCUCUGGAACCUACCCAAGCUCAUAAGCUUCUACCCCAAAGUGGAGAAGAUGUCAACAUCUGAAGGAAAUUCUUCUACCCAGGCACAAUUUUUGUUUAAUGAAAAGGAAUAG